CAAAAAAAAAAUUUUUAUAAGAAAUCUUUCAUUUUACAUGGGACAAUUUAAUCUUACAUUUAUUAAUAUUAUAAAAUAUUUAUUUUUCUACAAUAGAGAAUGUUUUUCAGUAUAAUUUUUCAUUUUGUCACCCUCCGUCCCGUACCCACACCACAACCUAACUAAUUAAUUAAUUUCUGAAUAACCAUUUCAGUGCUUAUAUAUCACCAACUAUUAUUAUUGCUCCAUCCAUCCAUUAACCCAGAUACUACAUACUAUACUAGCCUUUCUACCUACCUAGCUAGCAGCUGCGUAUAUCCUCUCACCCCUCGCACAUGGCUGCUGCAGUCGCUGCCGCCGCCGCCGCAGCUACCUCCACUGUCAAGCACAACACCAGCAGACUCUCUAUUGCCAUGGAGAGAACUGGCCAGUGGGUUUUUUCACAAGAAAUUCCAACCGAUGUUGUCGUCCAGGUCGGAGAAGCUAACUUCUCCCUUCACAAGUUCAUGCUGGUGGCGAAGAGCAACUACAUCAGAAAACUCGUAAUUGACUCCAAUGAAGCGGACCUCACCCGCAUCAAUCUCUCUGACAUUCCCGGCGGACCUGACAUCUUCGAGAAAGCCGCCAAAUUCUGCUACGGCGUCAAUUUUGAAAUCACCGUUCACAACGUCGCCGCUCUUCGCUGCGCCGCCGAGUUCCUCCAAAUGUCCGACCAAUACUGCGACUCCAACCUCGCCGCCCGCGCCGACGACUUCCUUUCUCAAGUUGCCUUGACCAGCCUUUCCGGCGCCGUCGUCGUCUUGAAAUCUUGCGAAGAUCUCCUUCCCAUGGCCCAAGACCUCAAGAUCGUUCAAAGAUGUGUUGAUGUCGCCAGCGUUAAGGCCUGCAAUGAGGCCAACUUUCCGAGUCGUUCCCCUCCAAACUGGUGGACGGAGGAACUAUCGAUCUUGGACAUCACUUCCCUGCAAAAGAUCAUUUCCGCCAUGAGAGCUCGAGGAGCGAAAACUCUAACCAUCGCCAGCGCUCUCAUAACCUACGCGGAGAGGUCGCUUCGAGAUCUAGUCAGAGACCAUACCGGCAACGGCACGAGGUCGUCAGAUCCGGCAGAUUCCGCCGGGAGAAGCCACCAGCGGCAGCUUUUAGAGUCGAUCGUGGCUCUCUUGCCCUCGGAGAAGGCUGCUUUUCCGAUAAACUUCCUCUGCUGCCUCCUCCGAUCGGCCGUAUUCUUGAAAGUCUCGAGCAGCUGCAAGAGCGAGCUGGAGAAACGGAUCUCCGCGAUCUUAGAGCAUGUCACCGUAGACGACCUGCUGGUGCUGUCGUUCACGUACGACGGCGAGAGGUUGUUGGGCCUGGAAAGCGUAAGGAGGAUCGUGUCGUGGUUCGUGGAGAAGGAGAAAAGCGCUGCCGUGUUCAACGGAGGGGAUUUCAAGGAGGCGUGGUCGACGGCAAUGCAGAGGGUAGCGAAGACCAUCGACGCGUAUUUAGGGGAGAUCGCGACCUACGCCGAACUCAGCAUCUCCAAAUUCAACGGCAUCGCCAUACUGGUGCCCAAAGGAGCCAGGAAGGCCGACGAUGACCUCUAUCGGGCCGUCGAUAUCUACCUCAAGGCACAUCCGAAUCUGGAAGAAAUCGAGCGUGAGAAGGUGUGCAGCGUGAUGGAGCCGAUGAAGCUGUCAUACGAGGCAAGGGUGCACGCAUCCCAGAACAAGCGGCUGCCGGUACAGGCGGUGCUGCACGCGCUCUACUACGAUCAGCUGAAGCUGAGGAGCGGCGCUGCCGAAGUGGACGUCGACCGGAAAACAGACGCGGCAUCGACGAGGAGUAGCCAGUUGCAGUCGGAUGUGGCGCUGAUAAGAGAGAACGAGACGCUGCGGUCGGAGCUGAUGCAGAUGAAGAUGUACAUCUCAGAGCUGCAGCAGGGGAAAAGCGGCAGCAGGACAAUUAAUCAAGGAACGGGGACGACGACGUACGGUGGGAAAGGGAACAAAUCGAAGGGCAAAUUCUUUUCGUCGGUGUCGAAGACGCUGGGAAAGUUGAACCCGUUCCGGCAGGGAUCUAAGGAUACCUCCAACAUUGAGGACGCCGUCGUGGAUGUUACCAAGCCCAGGAGAAGAAGGUUCUCCCUCUCCUAGCUCAUUUAAGGUAUCUAAUUAAAUUUUCAGUUUGGAUCGAGUGUAUGAAUUAAUUAGGAUUCAACAAUUUAUAUAUAUAUAUAUAUAUGAUUGCAAAGUUGGAUGCGUACGGUGAUUAAUUCGUCAAAUAAUUACCAUUAUUUUUUUUGAAUUACGCACCGGUAUCCACGUGUCCUUUUUACGGUUGAUUAGUUCCGCGUCCAUUGAAGUUAAACUUAUAAUUCUAAAGGAAGGAUAAAUUCAAGAAUCAAAA